CGGAGGUUGUUUUGAACACGACCAAGUCGCUUCGCUGGUGGCUGACUUGUCCUUUCAAUUUGCAUUUGAUCCACUUCUUUCUUCUUCAACUACGCCACGAUUAAAACCUAGGUUAAGUUUUCAGUAGGGCAAUUCUCUCUCUUCUCUUCACAAUCUCUUCUGUAUCUUUCCACUGCCCACUGCUCUAGCCGGUCACAAUCAAGUCGCCUUGUAUUUCAAUUCACAUCAUGGCCAACAACACUCGCCUUCAGAAUCGUCGCAUCGGCGUCACACGCAAGAAUGCAGAUGAAAAUGCCACCAGCAAGCACUCUCGUCAGGCGUCUACCCAGGGAGUUGCAACUCGCGCCUCUGUUGUGCUAAAUGGCCUGAAGAAUGGCUCACAACGCCCAGCGCUUGGUGAGGUCACCACUACCGCGGUCAACCGCAAGGACGUUGCUGGUAAAGGCAAGGACGCUGUGAAAGAUGACGCGGGCCUCAAGCGUACACGGUCGUCGUCGCUCGCAGCCGCCACCGGACCACAACGCGUCCCUCUCGGGCCAGGUCGCACGGAGAGUGUCGCACAACGGCCUACUUCACGUGUAUCACGGCCAUCUGUCUUCAAACGCGCAUCGCGGCAGGAACCCGCUGUACCAGUAGUCAUUCCGGCUGAACAAGAACAGAAGGAGAACGAUAUGGACGUGGAAGAUAUCGAAGAGGACCCUGAGCUCAGCAUCAUAAAUGAGAAAGAGGUCGACGAGAUGGUGGGUGUACAGGAACAAGGUACUCCAGAACAAGAGGAGAAGUCCACCGUUGCGGUUGCGAAGUCGCCCCGUAUAUGGCCUGACGUGGAUACCGAGCGUGCCAUGAGACAUUAUAGAGAGAUCGCAGAGAUCCAAGAGACGUUUGAAGAUGAGGUUGACUAUCUCGACACAACGAUGGUCUCAGAGUACUCGGAGGAAAUUUUUAAAUACAUGAACGACCUCGAAGAUGAUGUGAUGCCAAAUCCUGACUAUAUGGAUGGUCAGAAUGAAAUCACCUGGGCAAUGCGCCAAACAUUGGUCGACUGGCUCCUCCAAGUGCACCUGCGCUGGCAUAUGUUACCGGAAACGCUUUGGAUCGCGAUAAAUAUCGUCGACCGUUUCCUCACGAGACGCGUCGUGUCCCUAGUCAAGCUUCAGCUUGUCGGUGUUACUGCCAUGUUCAUCGCCGCCAAGUACGAAGAGAUCCUCGCUCCCAGUGUCGACGAAUUCGUCUUCAUUACCGAGAACGGCUAUACGAAGGAGGAGAUCCUCAAGGGCGAGCGUAUCGUGCUGCAAACGCUUGACUUCAAGAUUUCGCAAUACUGCUCACCCUAUAGCUGGAUGCGCCGUAUCAGCAAGGCCGAUAACUAUGACAUUCAGACGAGGACGCUGGGCAAAUUCUUGACGGAGGUGACACUCCUAGAUCACAGAUUCUUGCGGUGUAAACCGAGUCUCAUUGCUGCGGUGGGGAUGUACAGUGCUAGGAGGAUGUUGGGUGGUGAUUGGAAUGAGUCGUUUGUGUUCCACUCUAGCUUCGUCGCGGAGCACCUCGAGCCCGGACACCAAUGGAUAUGCGAGAAGCUACUCGAAGACAACUUCGCGAGCCAGUACGUUUGCCAGAAAUAUGCCAACAAGAAGUUCCUGAAGGCGUCACUCUUUGCAAUCGAGUGGGCGAAAUCGAACGUGGACGAAGUCUAGGACUGGCGUAGUUAAGGCCCUGCGGCUAGAGAUAACUGCCAGGUCACGGCCUGAAUAUCCCUCUCGUCCAAAAGUUCAUGGGUUCCCGAUCUGCCUGCAUCUCAUCUCAUUCUGUGCUUGACAUACUGUUUCACUCUGGCAUCAUUGCAAUCUCAACUGUCUGAUUACG